AGAAAGGAAGCAGCAACAACGCAGGGAAACGGCAUCAAACUCAGCAAUGCCGCAGAGUUUUACCACGAAACACAAACUCCCAACGAGCGAACAAGCGAAAUAAACUCCCCAGGAGAAUACAGGAAUGCUGUAAACAAUUCUCAGAGCUUUACUUUUGCUGAAAGGCACUUUGGGGUGUUUUUUUUGCAACUGACCGUGACGCGGCACAGGGACAAUCCAUCUCCUAGGGCAGCUUGUCUGAAGUGGAUCAUGCCCCCUAGAUAGCAGCCUCGUCGUCCUCUCCACUCCCCCCCCUGCCCCUUGCCCCCCCCUCCACCCUCCUGGCCCAGCACCACCACUGCCACCAGUGCCACCACAGACGCCAUGCCCCCCAGGAAGAGGACGCGGCCGGGCCUGGGCUUCUUAUGCUGCUUCGGCAGCAGCGAGCCCCCGGAGAUCAACCUGAAGGACAGCGUGCCGCUGCAGCUGCUGGAGUUCAGCGCCCCCAUGCCCCCGGCCGAAGAGCUGCACGCACGCUUCUCUGAGCUGGUGGAUGAACUGGACCUGACAGACAAGAACAGGGAGGCCAUGUUCGCUCUGCCCGACGAGAAGAAAUGGCAGAUCUACUGCAGCAAGAAGAAGGAGCAAGAGGACCCCAACAAGUUGGCCACCAGCUGGCCCGACUACUACAUCGACCGCAUCAACUCCAUGGCUGCUAUGCAGACCUUGUUUGCCUUUGAUGAAGAGGAGAUGGAAAUGAGGAACAAGGUGGUGGAGGAUCUGAAGACGGCACUUCGGACUCAACCAAUGAGGUUUGUCACCCGCUUCAUCGAGCUGGACGGCCUCACCUGCCUCCUCAACUUCCUGCGCAGCAUGGACUACGAGACGUCGGAGAGCCGCGUCCACACCUCCGUCAUCGGCUGCAUCAAGGCCCUGAUGAACAACUCGCAGGGCCGCGCCCACGUCCUGGCCCACCCGCAGAGCAUCAACACCAUCUCCCAGAGCCUGCGGACGGAGAACAUCAAGACCAAGGUGGCGGUGCUGGAGAUCCUCGGGGCGGUGUGCCUGGUGCCUGACGGGCACAAGAAGGUGCUGCAGGCCAUGGCACACUACCAGAAGUACGCCGCCGAGAGGACUCGCUUCCAGACACUGCUGAAUGAGUUGGACAGGAGUACAGGCCGCUACAGAGACGAGGUCAACUUGAAGACGGCCAUCAUGUCCUUCAUCAACGCUGUGCUCAACGCUGGAGCUGGGGAGGACAACCUGGAGUUCCGCCUCCACCUCAGGUACGAGUUCCUGAUGUUGGGCAUCCAGCCGGUCAUCGACAAGCUCCGAGAGCAUGAGAACGCCACUCUGGACAGGCAUUUGGAUUUCUUUGAGAUGGUGCGGAACGAGGACGACUCUGAGCUGGCCAAACGGUUUGAUAUGACCCAUGUAGACACUAAGAGUGCCGGUGCCAUGUUUGAGCUGGUCAAGAAGAAGCUGAACCACACAGAGGCCUACCCUCACCUCCUCUCUAUACUCCACCACUGUCUGCAGAUGCCAUAUAAGCGUUGUGGUGGCAGCCUGCAGCACUGGCAGCUCCUAGACAGGAUCCUCCAGCAGAUAGUCCUUCAGGACGACAAGGGCGAGGACCCUGAUGUCGCCCCGCUGGACAACUUCAGCGUCAAGAACAUCAUUCGCAUGUUGGUCAAUGAGAAUGAGGUCAAACAGUGGCGAGACCAGGCAGAGAAGUUCAGGAAAGACCAUGCAGAGCUGCUAGCCAAGCUGGAGAGGAAGGAGCGGGAGUGUGAGACAAAGACCCAGGAAAAAGAGGACAUGAUGAAGACUUUGAACAAGAUGAAGGACAAACUACAGCGUGAAGGUGUGGAGCUGCGCUCCGCCAGGGAACAAGUCCUGGACCUGUCCUCACGCAUCAACGACAUAGCUGGGGGCAAUGUGUCUUUCCCACCUCCUCCCCCACCCCCUGGUGGCCCUAUGGCCCCACCACCACCACCUAUGACUGGCGGCUUCCCCCCGCCUCCUCCACCACUACCGUUCAGCUGCCCGCCUCCCCCUCCACCUCCACCUCCGCCCGGAGCCCCGCCUCCUCCACCCGGAGCCCCGCCCAUGUUUGGAGCUCCUCCUCCUCCAGUCCCUCCCUCCUUCAGCACAGCAACAACUCUGCGCUCCAAGUCCAUCCCACAGCCCUCUCAUCCCCUCAAGUCCUUCAACUGGGCCAAACUGGGAGAGAAUAAGAUCCCUGGCACCAUCUGGCACGACAUCGAUGAUCUGCGAGCUUUCAAGAUCCUAGACCUCAAGGACAUAGAGAAGAUGUUCUCAGCCUAUCAGAGACAGCAGGAGCUGCUCACUAACCAAUCCUUCAAACAGAAAGAGACAGGCUCUAUGGACGACCUGUAUGUCAGCACGAGGAAGGUCAAAGAGCUGUCAGUCAUCGAUGGCCGACGUGCACAGAACUGUGUCAUCCUGCUUUCAAAGUUAAAAAUGAGCAAUGAUGAGAUCAAGAGGGCAAUCCUAGAGAUGGAUGAGAGGGAAGAGCUAGCCAAAGAUAUGCUGGAGCAGUUACUGAAGUUUGUCCCAGAGAAAAGUGAUAUUGACCUCCUGGAGGAGCACAAGCACGAGCUGGAGCGCAUGGCCCGGGCUGACCGCUUCCUCUACGAGAUGAGCAGGAUUGACCACUACCAGCAGAGACUCCAGUCUCUGUUCUUCAAGAAGAAGUUUGCAGAGCGUCUUGCAGAAACCAAGCCUAAGGUUGAAGCCAUCCUUAAUGCGUCCAAGGAGGUGGUCCGGAGCAAACGGCUCACCCAGGUCCUGGAGGUGGUGCUGGCCUUCGGCAACUUCAUGAACAAAGGCCAGCGGGGCAACGCCUACGGCUUCAAGGUCUCCAGCCUCAACAAGAUUGCCGACACCAAGUCCAGCAUAGACAGGAACAUCACCAUGUUGCACUACCUGAUCAUGAUAUUUGAGAAGAACUACCCCGACACGCUCCACAUCCAGCAGGACCUCAGCAGUAUACCAGAGGCUGCCAAAGUCAAUCUGGCAGAGUUGGAAAAAGAGGUGCACAAUAUCAAGAGUGGGCUGAAGGCUCUAGAGGCGGAGUUGCAGUAUCAGCAGAGCAGGACGAGGGAACGGGGAGAUAAGUUUGUGGCUGUGAUCGGCGACUUUAUCACCGUGGCUGGCUUCAGCUUCUCUGAACUGGAGGAUCAGCUCAGCGAAGCCAAGGAAAAGUUUGCUAAGUCUCUAAAGCACUUUGGUGAGGAGCACGGGAGGAUGCAGCCUGACGAAUUCUUUGGGAUUUUUGACACCUUCCUGCAGUCGUUCAGUGAAGCACGGCAAGACCUGGAGAACAUGCAGCGACGCAAGGAUGAAGAGGAAAGGAGGGCGCGGAUGGAGGCCAUGCUGAAGGAGCAGAGGGAACGUGAACGGAGAGCCAAGAAGGGCGGAGCAGCAGACGAGGUUGGCGGGGAAUUUGACGACCUGGUGUCAGCGCUGCGCUCCGGCGAGGUCUUCGACAAGGACCUGAACAAAUUCAAGCGCAACCGCAAGCGCUCCGUCAAUCAGCUGGUGGAGGGCGGCGGCCGCGAGCGGGCUGUCACCAAGGUCAAUUACUAGGUCAGGAAAAGGAAAGGAAAAGUUAGACACCGAAAUUCUGCCAUGGUGUAAAUUUGUCAACACCUACAACUUUUAGUCCAGGCCCUAGAGCUGUGACCAGGAGGUCAGUGACUUUGGAGAGGAUAUAAAUAACGGCCGAACUGGACAUGUAGCGACAUGUUUUGGCAGUCAAGCCGUUUGAAGGAUGCGACACCUCUCCUUCGAUUGCUCUUGUAAAGCUCUUCCCCACCCCUGUGUUUUCUGGACAUUGUAACGCACUACGACCUCUUGAGUUGGACGAAGGACACUUGGGAUGGAUGGAUGGACAGACCACUGUGACACAUUAUCCCACAAUUUCGACCAUAUCCUUUUAACACUGUGCUCAGUUUCUCUAUCUCGUCGUCUGCCACUCCUUGUUUCUCAAUGCUCUUUUUUUUUCCAAGUUCCUCAAUAUGUUCUGUAGUGGUGGAGCUGCCCUGUCUUUUUGCUAUCUGCCUCUGAAACACAUAGGAUAUUGGGAUCAACUGGCAAGUCCAAGAGAAAGGACUGUCAGACCAGGUUCAAAGACAAAGGAGAAGAUCCAGUUGAGGUGGCACCAAGUUAUACCUCCACAGUCAAGCUUGGUUCAGGCGACCUCUCAUCUGAAAGCAUCUGCAUUGAUUCCUAAUGUAGGGUUUGUGAUGGAGUGCUGGUUGGUAGUAACUCCUCCAGCAUUGACAGAAUGAAUGGAGAAGAGCCGCUAAUUUCUAUUGCUGCUGUGUAGGGAGCAGGGUCAACGGAUCCCACAGUUCCUGACAGCUGGAUGUCAGACUGAGGAAGCAUACAGUUGGUGGCGAAACAGCUGGGACAUCGUGGGGUCACAUUGGGAUUCAUCUCUCUUCUCGAGCACCUCCUGCAGUGCACAGCCCAGGGAGGAUGCAUAUACUUAGCUAGCAUUUCAAAGAAUACAGUUCUUCUCAAGGAACAUCUUCUCAGCUCGCCUUUGAUCCACCUAACAAAAGGUAGACUGUGCCACAAGAUUCAAGCAUCACUUGUAUUACAUUUUCUUCCAGUGACUUCAAGAUGAGGAUUGUUUUGGCAUCAACCAGUGCCAAAGCAAUGAGAAAAAAAGAGUAUAUGUAUUAAUACUGAACCUGCAAUUAGGCAUUUAUAUAUAUUUAUAUUUAGAUGCAGACAAACUAAUUGCAAAGAUGUAGAGGUUUUUUUAUGUUUUUCACAGCAUUUUUGGUCUUUGUACAUGCAACGCAUUCUUUGUUAGAGUUGAGUUCACAUUGCAAAAAUGAUUGCUGUUUAAGUGAAUUUCUUCACAUUUCACAUGAUGUAUAAAAAGGUGAUCGCUUGUUCUUUAUACACCUCUGUUUCCAUGUCCGCACUGUACCUUCUUUUUGCAGAGAAAUUUUACACUCUUUAGUCUGUAACAGCACAACCCAACCCACAGUGUUACACUCUGUUAACAAAAAAAAUACUCCCCUCUGAUUCUAUAAUCCCUGUAUUUGUGUCUGGUAUCUCUCAUCUUUAAUUUUGAGGCGUGGUUGAGAUAGGAUCUAUUCUAAUGGUGCUAACAUAAAACACUUGGUAACUUGUCUCACCGAGUGUGUAAAGUGAACACAGACUCCUGUCCACAUUCAGGAGCUUUCCUCAAUGGCCAUGGAGGUUCUAUCCAGCCUGUUUUUAGAAAAUGAACGCUUUAAUCUUACCUCACAUUGAGCUAGUGAUGGAUUACACUGUUACCAAGAUUCAGGCUCAUGUGACAUGUGCAUAUUUCUGUCUUUUCCUUUUUGUUGGCUCUGUAAUAUCGGACAUUGCCAUCCAACAUGCACGGUAUUGCAAUGUGCGGGUACAACACAAAAUGUAAAGAGUGUACAAUUUCUUGGAGUGGUUUUGAUGCAAAUAUUUAUAGUGCUAUGAUAGUGUACAAUGGCAGGACUGUAAGAGGGAGAAAAACACAGCUUUCAGCAGCAGAGAACAUUGUAAAAAAGUAUUUCUUUUUGUCCUUGUUUCCACCGUCUCUGCAAACUAUUCUCAUCAGUAACCCUUUACCAAGACAACUCUGUGGACAAAACCAGACUCAAGCCCCACGUACAGCAGCCCACUUAGGUUGUUUUCGUUACAGUUUUGAAUUAUCCCAAGUAUUAUUUUGUUCUAUAUUUCUAAACCCUUAGCAGUAGGCAAGACAAAGGCUGGAAUGUAUGUGGAUGUUUUUGGAAAGUCUUGGGGUCUGCCUUGGUAUGACAUUUCGAUCUGAUGAAGGGUUAUGUUGGUGAUGGACGGAGGUCGCUGGGGGAAGGGGUCGAGGGCUUGAAGUCUGCCCACAGAGAGUGCUCUAAUCCUGGGGUGAGGCCUCCACUGCGGGCGGCACAGCUCCAGAGCUCAGUGGUUAGGGAGAUAAGGAAGCCACUGGGUUCAAAAUCCAGUCUGGGACAUCAAAUGAAAGGGUUGAUCCAUUUCAAAUCAGAAUCGUGCACCACACGUAAACAUACAACUGCUUGUAAGCUUGGAGACGUCAAGACAUGCUUCUCCACUUGUUUGUAAGGACAGUCAGAGGCAAAUUCCUUGCCACCAGAAUGAAAGGAAAUAUCCUGAAGGAGAUAAGGGAGCAGAUUCCCAGAGGUGGGAUGGUAGGGAGACAUACACAUACACACACAUACACACACACACACACACACACACACCAGCCCACUCAAGCUUGUCAGAUUACAGAGGGCCAGAGUGCAAUGUAAACACACGUGGCUACCCCAAGUUAUAGCAUUAUGCCAUGCCCUGCUGUGUAUACAGAAUCCCUGAGCAGAGGAGGUUGGUGGACUUAAAGAGAGAAAAGGAAGUUCUUUUUUUCCUCAUCUUCAUCUUACACAGAGUUUAUCGAAAAAGAUGUUCUAAAACUGGUGACGGUGCCUGAAGAAUGUGCUGUUGAGUGAAAAACAGAAUUAUAUUUGUUCAUAAAACUUCACUAUCUAUUUUGUUCUUUCAUAGUCCACUGUAGUCAUUCCAUCCAAAGCAUGGUUACUGUAGUACAGUAUCGGGCCAUAUGUGAGGCACACAGGAGUGCAGUAAGAGGAUUGGAUUCUGGCUCUUUUUGGGCAAAUUGAAAAAAGGACACAUCCUGUGUUAAUCUCUUUGCAUGUGUGUGUCCCAAUAAUCCAGAGAUUGUUGAGCAAGGAGAGUUGAAGACAAGGGCACUAGCUGUGGAUUUUUUUUCAAUGAGAGGCUUGUUACUUUUAGAUCAGCUGAUUUUGACAGGCCAACGAAUUUGCACAACAGCCCCUCAUCCAGUUUCUCAAAAAAUAAAGCUAAAUAGCGGUUUGCUCACAUCCACAAUCACAGUGAACCCUGUGGCACAACCUUGACCUUUCUCCAUUUGACUGAUGGAAAAAAUAAACAUUGGGGAAAUGUGAGGGAGAUCAAGCAAAUAUAUAUAUAUGUAUGUAUGUCUCUGAAGAGAUGGAAAUUUCCCCACAGCACUUGACUUAAAAAGCACUUGGUAUAUAAAGUUAAAAUAACACAAGGCAGAACAGAACAGAACAUUUCCAAGGUUGGAUCUGGUGAUUAUGAUGUGGGAUCCACAUACAGUGACAGAAAAAGAGAGAGAAAGAACUGGUCUUGUUACUGACCAUUAGUGUUUUUAAACAUUACAGUGUCUCUGAAUGAACCAACACACUCCCACAAGACUGUAGGUAGUGAAGAUCUCAAGGUAUGGUAAUCCCAGUUUACCCUCGUUCUUCCAUUCUGCCAGCUUUUCAGCUCUUACAGAUUUAAAUUCUCACCUUGAAGUGCCUCUCACCCUGUUUUCUCACAUGUACCAUUCCUGUUGUAGUUGUUUUUUUGGUGCUGGUGGCUUUCUAAAAGAAAUCUACAUGGUAUUAAAAUGGAGCAGACUGUAAAACAUGGGGUUGCAACUGAGUUGAGAUUUGAAUAAUUGGCGCCAUCUUGAGGUGGCUGAUGGGACAGACAUUGUGUUGUUGACCAGUUUAACUUAAGGUUGUGUCUCGCAUUGCUUCUGUGGUGCUUGAUGGUGACAUUUGACCCCAGCUGUAGGUACAGAAACUCAACAUUAGCACAGAAGUGGGUUCAAAAGGUGUGGUUCAGUGUGGCUAUGGCAUCUCCUAAAUGAAGUCUUUAUCAGCAAUAUCCCACACCCUUUUUUCUUGGGAGGUUUAAUUUAUCCAUAAUCAGUUAUUUCACCGAAACACCCGAGUCAAAGCCAGGGCUUUAUUCCUAAAGUCUUUUCACAAAGAUUUUAAUCUCUUAUCGGUGCAAAGCGCAGAGACGCUGCUGUGAUAUUCAGAGGAUUAAGAGACGGUGCAGAGAGGAUCUUGGUAUUUGCUCGUCCCACAUGUUAGAGAUAUUAAUUGUUACACUAAGUCAACACAAACCUACAGGCACUUUGAAGUGUCAGUCAAAUCCCAAGUGAAGGGAGAAUGGCCGUAUGAUUGCCCUUUCCUCACCCAGUAUCUCAUGUAUAUUUGAGCUCUUCUAUUUUCUAUCCUCUGCUCUUCUCUCUGUUAAGUUACUCUAGAAGUUUAGAGUCUGACUUUGACUGUCCCUCUAAAAUCUUAAUCUGAAGCUUUAAUCCAUAACGUAGUGCGGACUAUUUACCAAGGGGUAUUGCAACUUUGUCAGUAUUAUUUCAUGUUUGUAUUGUCACAUGUUUGGGUUAUGUUUAUUUGGCCAUUGACUGGCUGUUGGGGGUGUAAAGGUGGAAAUCAGAGGAAUGAAAAUAGUAGCUUGUUCAGUGCACUUUUAUUAUGGGACUUUUCCAUUCAUAGCACCGUUGUGGGCUUAGAGCCGGCAAAAAUGAAGAGGGUGCAACUUGUAAUGAUUAAGAGAAAAAAAAAAAGCAGUGCAUAGCCCAUGACACGAUGGAGAAAGAAAGACUAAACGCAAGUGAGUUUGAGUACUCCGGCUGGGCCGCUGGAAACACACAGUAGUUAGUGUGGUGGAUUACGGAGAUGGGAUAUGAGGGGACAAAGAUUUAAGGGGUGGCAAACGGAGUGGGCUCCUGUUGGAGGGGAUGCUCCAGCUUUACAAGGGUGCAUUGAGUUUUAAGGCCUCACUCGUCCCGUCUGGGUCACUUACCUUUGGUGUGUUAAAGGGGGAAUGUUCACCGACACUUCCACAUUUCUGUCAAAUCAUGCACUUGCUUUGACCUGCAUGCCUAAAGAAGGGUGCACAAAAGUGUGACGUGUUGACUUUGACCUUUUCAUAUAAAGUUGCUUGCGAUAUGGAAAACACCCGAUACACGAUAAUUUGUACUGCCUGAGAAAAGUUGCACCUGAUUUUAGAGGUUGUAUAAUUGUGAGGAGUCAGUAUUUUUAUGGUUAAA